CAAAAAAAAAAAAAAUCUAAAAGUAAAAAAAAAAAUCCAAAACUCCCUUCCCUCCCUUUGGCGCUCGCUCGCUCGCUCAAUCAUUCAUUUCUAUCCCUUCGUUUAGUCACGUAUCCAUUCAUACAGGCGUACAUACUUCAUUUCCCCUAAAAUUUUAUUGGGUUCUUCUUUAUAUUCGGCUUGGUUUGCUCCGUUUUCGUCUCAGAUCUUAUGUUCUCAACUGGUUAUUCGCUCGUUGUGUUGUCCUUUGGUCGCUGGAGCCUUUUAUUGCAUUGCAUUUAUCGAACGUUGAAGGAUUGAUUCGUCUUGAUCAUCAUUGAGGCCCGCAAUCCUUUACCCUCAAAGGGUUCUUCCUGAUGCUGACUUUUGGCAGGACCAGAAAUCAGCCAAGGUCUACUAGACCUAUGUCUUUUGGGGGUUUAGAUUAUGCAGACCCCAAAAGAAAAAGCAAUUUUUUAGUCAAAAUUCUUUUAGCAGCUGCUUUAACUUCAUUAUGCAUUAUAAUGCUCAAGCAAUCCCCAAGCUUUAAUGUUCCCAGCAAGUUCUCCCAGCAUGAAGAAGGGGUAGUUCACGUGUUAGUCACGGGUGGUGCUGGUUAUAUUGGUUCACAUGCUGCAUUUCGAUUAUUGAAGGAUUCUUACCGCGUAACAAUAGUUGAUAAUCUUUCAAGAGGAAACCUAGGUGCUGUGAAGAUCUUACAAGAAUUAUUUCCAGAACCUGGGAGGCUUCAGUUUAUUUAUGCGGACUUGGGAAAUUCCAAAGCAGUUAACAAAAUAUUUUCAGAAAAUGCAUUUGAUGCUGUGAUUCAUUUUGCUGCUGUUGCAUAUGUGGGGGAAAGCACUCUUGAUCCUCUUAAGUAUUAUCACAACAUCACUACAAAUACCCUAGUUGUAUUAGAGUCGAUGGCUGCUCAUGGUGUGAAGACUUUGAUCUAUUCUAGUACAUGCGCUACAUAUGGAGAGCCUGAAAAGAUGCCCAUCACUGAGGAUACUCCACAGGUGCCAAUUAAUCCAUAUGGAAAAGCGAAGAAGAUGGCCGAAGAUAUCAUCCUUGAUUUUUCUAAAACUUCGGACAUGGCAGUAAUGAUUCUGAGGUACUUCAAUGUCAUUGGUUCUGAUCCAGAGGGCAGAUUAGGUGAAGCUCCCAGACCUGAAUUACGAGAACAUGGAAGAAUUUCAGGUGCUUGUUUUGAUGCUGCCCGUGGUAUCAUUCCUGGGCUGAAGGUUAAAGGAACAGACUACAAUACUCCAGAUGGCACAUGUGUUCGGGAUUACAUUGAUGUCAAUGAUCUGGUUGAUGCUCAUGUAAAGGCUCUUGAAAAGGCACAACCAAAGCAAAUCGGAAUCUAUAAUGUUGGCACUGGAAAGGGGAGCUCAGUGAAGGAGUUCGUUGAGGCAUGUAAACAGGCAACAGGAGCUAAAAUCCAAGUUAGCUUUGAGCCCCGACGCCCGGGUGACUACGCAGAAGUGUAUAGCGACCCAACAAAGAUCAGGCAUGAAUUGAACUGGACAGCAAGAUACACCGACCUCCAGGAAAGUUUAGCAAUUGCGUGGAGGUGGCAGAAAGCUCACCAUAACGGGUAUUUAUCAUCAUCUUAGGAAACUAUCACAGCCAUUACUAUAUAAUAGAACCGAAAGCUAGCGCAAACCCCUGGCACCCCGCAUUAGAGAAGUGGUUUCAUAGCAAUAGUAGAUUCUUUCCCAUUUAUCUUCAUAUAUUGUGGUGUCCCAUAUAUCAGAUGUAUUUGAACAGAUAAUAGCUUAAUAAUACAAUGAUAUGCCGAGGUGCAGGUAUAUCACUCAUUCAUUCCCAA